GGAGCGGGGAGGUGGCGGCUCCCGCCCCGCCGCUCCGCGCCAUGGGCUGCCUCGGCGGGCAGCGCCGCAGCCGCAGCGGGCGGCGGGAGGAGGCGAGCGGGGCCGCCGCGGCGGCGCUCCGCCGGUGCGCGUAGGGCGGGACCCUCCUUCGCUCCCUCCCUUCCCUCCCACACGCGCCCAGCCCGGUAACUUUCCGGUACCUGUUGCCGCUUCGUCCCCGGUAUGCGGAGCGCCCGGCCGGCCCGCGGGCUGCUGCGGCGGCGGCGGGGCGCGCCGUGAUGGGCGGCCGGGAGCGGGAGCGGGAGCGGGACGGCGGCGGUGGCUCUGCCCGCGGCCGGCAGCCCCCGGCCGGUGCCUUCGGCGGCGCGGGGCGCCCAUGCUCUGCUCCGGCUCGCCUCUCCGGGCACCCGCGCCGCUUCGCCGAUGCCUUUCUCGGGCGAAGAGCGGAGCCUGCAGGGGAUCUACAAGCCGGCGGCGCCGGCGGAGGGCAGGGCGGCCGGCGGGGCGACCGUCUGUACCGAGUGCUACACCAACCGCUCCUUCGUCUACGACGAUGGCAGCGCCCACAGGCUCUCGUCGCCCGGCGGCUGCGGCGGCGGGGACGGCGGCGGGAGCCGCAAGAGCGGGGUCAUUCUGGACAUCGCCGCCCUGAAGAUGACGGAGCUGGAGUCCGAGGUGCUGCCCCUGCCGCCCCGGUACCGCUUCCGCGAUCUGCUGCUGGGGGACCAGUCCUUCCAAAGCGACGACAGGGUGCAGGUCGAGUUCUACGUGAAUGAAAACACCUUCAAGGAGCGGCUGAAGCUCUUCUUCAUCAAAAACCAGCGAUCGAGCCUGAGGAUCCGGCUCUUCAACUUCUCGCUGAAGCUGCUCACCUGCCUCCUGUACAUCGUCCGCGUCCUGCUCGACAACCCGGAGGAGGGCAUAGGCUGCUGGGAAUGCGAAAAGCAGAAUUACACGGCAUUCAACCAGUCCACAAAGAUAAACUGGUCACACAUCUUCUGGGUGGAUAGAAAAAUGCCACUGUGGGCUGUGCAGGUCAGCAUAGCUUUAAUCAGCUUUCUGGAGACCAUGCUGCUCAUCUAUCUCAGCUACAAGGGGAACAUCUGGGAACAGAUUUUUCGCAUUUCAUUCAUCCUUGAGAUGAUCAACACGGUGCCAUUUAUUAUCACGAUCUUCUGGCCUCCUUUGCGGAAUUUGUUCAUUCCUGUGUUUCUGAACUGCUGGCUUGCCAAGUAUGCCCUGGAGAACAUGAUUAACGACCUGCACCGAGCCAUACAAAGGACCCAGUCCGCGAUGUUUAACCAGGUGCUCAUUCUGAUCUGCACCCUCCUGUGUCUCGUUUUCACGGGGACCUGUGGCAUCCAGCAUUUAGAAAGAGCAGGCGAGAAGCUCUCCCUCUUCAAGUCCUUCUAUUUCUGCAUCGUCACCUUUUCCACCGUGGGCUACGGAGACGUGACACCAAAGAUCUGGCCUUCCCAGCUCCUCGUCGUGAUAAUGAUUUGCGUCGCCCUGGUCGUGCUGCCGCUCCAGUUCGAGGAGCUUGUCUACCUGUGGAUGGAGCGGCAGAAGUCGGGAGGCAAUUACAGCCGUCACCGUGCCCAGACGGAGAAACACGUCGUCCUUUGUGUCAGCUCCCUCAAGAUCGAUCUCCUCAUGGACUUCCUCAACGAGUUUUACGCCCACCCACGCCUGCAGGAUUACUACGUGGUGAUACUUUGCCCAACAGAGAUGGACAUCCAGGUGCGGCGGGUCCUGCAGAUCCCUCUGUGGUCGCAGCGAGUGAUCUACCUCCAGGGCUCUGCGCUGAAGGACCAGGACCUCAUGAGAGCCAAGAUGGACAACGGAGAAGCCUGCUUCAUUCUCAGCAGCCGAAACGAGGUGGACCGCACCGCAGCGGACCACCAGACCAUCCUGAGAGCCUGGGCUGUGAAAGAUUUUGCUCCAAACUGUCCUCUCUACGUUCAGAUCUUAAAGCCUGAAAACAAGUUUCACGUCAAGUUUGCCGAUCACGUCGUCUGCGAAGAGGAGUGCAAAUACGCCAUGCUGGCGCUGAACUGCGUCUGCCCUGCCACCUCCACCCUCAUCACGCUGCUGGUGCACACCUCCCGCGGCCAGGAGGGCCAGGAGUCCCCGGAGCAGUGGCAGCGGAUGUACGGGCGCUGCUCGGGCAACGAGGUCUACCACAUCCGGAUGGGCGACAGCAAGUUCUUCAUGGAGUACGAGGGGAAGAGCUUCACCUACGCCGCCUUCCACGCGCACAAGAAGUACGGCGUCUGCCUGAUCGGCAUCCGGAGGGAGGAGAACAAGAGCAUCCUCCUGAACCCCGGCCCGCGGCACAUCAUGGCAGCGUCCGACACCUGCUUCUACAUCAACAUCACCAAGGAGGAGAACUCCGCCUUCAUUUUCAAGCAGGAGGAGAAGCAGAAGAAGAAGGGCUUUGCGAGGAGAGGCACCUACGACGGCCCAUCCCGCCUGCCCGUGCACAGCAUCAUCGCCAGCAUGGGUACAGUAGCCAUGGACCUGCAAAACACGGAGUGCCGCCCCGCUAACAGCAGCAAGCUGGCGCUGCCGGCGGAGAACGGCUCGGGCAACCGCCGGCCCAGCAUCGCGCCCGUCCUUGAGCUGGCCGACACCUCGUCCCUGCUGCCCUGCGACCUGCUCAGCGACCAGUCGGAAGAUGAGAUGACGCAGUCGGACGAGGAGGGGUCGGCGGUGGUGGAGUACGUAAAAGGCUACCCACCGAACUCUCCCUACAUUGGGAGCUCCCCGACUCUGUGCCACCUUUUACCCGAGAAAGCCCCAUUCUGCUGCCUGAGGCUGGACAAGGGCUGCAAGCACAACAGCUUUGAAGACGCCAAAGCCUACGGGUUUAAGAACAAACUGAUUAUCGUUUCGGCAGAGACGGCUGGGAAUGGACUCUAUAACUUCAUUGUCCCCCUUCGUGCGUACUAUCGGUCCCGCAAAGAAUUGAACCCAAUCGUGUUGCUGCUGGACAACAAGCCCGAGCACCACUUUCUGGAAGCCAUCUGUUGUUUCCCCAUGGUUUACUACAUGGAAGGCACGAUCGACAACCUGGACAGCUUGCUGCAGUGCGGCAUCAUCUAUGCCGACAACCUGGUGGUUGUGGACAAGGAGAGCACGAUGAGCGCCGAGGAGGACUACAUGGCGGAUGCAAAGACAAUUGUCAACGUCCAGACCAUGUUCAGGCUCUUCCCCAGCCUCAGCAUUAUCACAGAGCUGACCCACCCCUCCAACAUGAGGUUUAUGCAGUUCAGAGCAAAGGACAGUUACUCUCUUGCCCUUUCCAAGCUAGAAAAGAAAGAGCGAGAGAAUGGCUCCAACCUGGCCUUCAUGUUCCGGCUGCCCUUCGCGGCCGGGAGGGUCUUCAGCAUCAGCAUGCUGGACACGCUGCUCUACCAGUCAUUCGUGAAGGACUACAUGAUCACCAUCACUCGGUUGCUUCUGGGCCUCGACACCACGCCGGGCUCCGGCUACCUCUGUGCGAUGAAGAUCACCGAAGAUGACCUCUGGAUCCGGACGUACGGCCGCCUCUUCCAGAAGCUCUGUUCCUCCAGUGCAGAGAUUCCCAUCGGGAUUUACAGGACGGAGUCGCACAUGUUCGCAACCUCCGAGCCCCACGACAUCAGAGCGCAGUCACAGAUCUCAAUCAACGUCGAGGACUGCGAGGACACAAAGGAUGUCAAGGAGCACUGGGGCAUCAAGACCAGCCACCACAGGAACUCGUGCUCCAGCGACCAGUCCGAGCACCCGCUGCUGCGACGCAAGAGCAUGCAGUGGGCACGCCGGCUGAGCAGGAAAGGCAACAAGCACUCCAGCAAGACGGCCGAGUGGAUCAGCCAGCAGCGCCUCAGCUUGUACCGGCGCUCCGAGAGGCAGGAGCUUUCUGAGCUUGUCAAAAACCGUAUGAAGCACCUGGGCUUGCCCACGACCGGGUACGAGGAUGUAGCAAAUUUAACAGCCAGUGAUGUGAUGAAUCGGGUAAACCUGGGAUAUUUGCAAGAUGAGAUGAACGACCACCAGAACACCUUGUCCUACGUCCUGAUCAAUCCUCCCCCGGACACACGGCUGGAGCUCAACGACAUCGUGUACCUGAUCCGCUCCGACCCGCUGGCCCACGUGGCCAACGAUGGCCACAGCCGCAAGAGCAGCUGCAGCAACAAGCUGGGCUCCUGCAACCCCGAAACGCGCGACGAGACCCAGCUGUGAGCAGCCCCCCCCGCACCCCACGCCCUUGCCGGGGGCCGCAGGGCUCCGGGGAGAGGUGGUGAAGAAGAAGAGGACGGCCAGCCGGAGGGGAAGGCUGCUGCCGCCCGCGGGUGCCCGUUGCCCCGGGGGAAGGCGAUGCCCGGCCUGGCUUUGCGCCGCGGAAGGGAUGCCGGGACCCCCCCCCGGAGGGACGGGACAGCCGGACAGACCGACAGCCGGCCGUCGUACGCCCCGUGGCUUUUAACUUUUUAUACGAAUACCGCAACUAGUGAGAAAGUCUUCGCUGGUGCUGGUGGGACGUGGCUGAGACCAGAUGACAACUGACCCUGUGUGAGCAGGAGGACUGUGUUUAAUAUUGCCCCCAGGUGAUGCACGUUGGUUGCAUCUGAUGGGGCUUGUCAAUACAAGAGCAAAACUGCGCCAAACCCCUCCUCCUCCUCCUCCCCCUCCUUCACCAGGUAUCCCCCGGGGUACCCAAACUUCUGCUCUUUCACUCAACUCAUGUUCUUCAUCCUCUGUUGGUUUUCUGUUACGGACGUCGAUGUGAGGAGCGCUCGGAGCUGCGCCGGGAGGCAGGGAAGGACUCACCGGUGGCCGCGGGAUGGAUGGAUGGAACAAGGUGGGACGAGGCGGGACAGGGUGGGACGGGGCGGUGCAGCCCCCUCCGGUGCCUCCAGCACAUCUUGACAUCUCCAAACCGAAACGCACCAAACCCAGGGGACCGAAAGCCGUGCCAUCCCUGCGGCAAUGCCUCUCGUCACCCGUGCCUCGGCUGCGGACACGGUGCCCCUGGGUUUGCGUCCCCCGCCGAGCUCGUUCCCCGUUGCUACUGCUGUCGGGGCUGCCCGGG